AUGUUUGGAAGCUUAAACACAAAUAAUCAGCCAACAAAUCAAACUGGGCAGAGUCUCUUUGGAUCAAAAUAACCUUAACAAUAAUAAUAGACAAUAUUUUCAUAGCCUUAAAACUAACCAUCACUAUUCCAAGAAUAAAAACAAACUACUCAAUCAAAUUUCGGCGGUGGACUUUUUGGAAACUCAUUGAUAAAUUAGUAGUAGCAGACUUAGAAUCAAAAUCAACCUCAAAGUCUUUUUGGAUCAUCAUAGAAUACAAAUGUAGUGAGUGCAGGAGGCAGUAGUUUCUUUGGUGGAGCCAAUUAAACUUAAGGUACUACAGGAGGGUCAUUGUUUGGUGCUGCUUAGCCUUCAACUUUUAACUUUGGAUCUACAGUUCCAUCUGGUGGAGGUCUUUUUGGAGGGGGCUGUAUGAGACCUGCUCCUACCAGUUUGUUUUCAAAUAUCAACGAAGAUAAGAAUGUAUUCUAAAUAGAGAUCAUGAACAUUGCUAAUCAAAACAUCAUCAAUCCAUACCAAUCCCAUUACAACCCAAAUGCUCAUUCAAUUUAGAUCAAACUCAAAGUUUAUGAUUCUAACGGGAAUUACUAAUCAGAAAUGAAUUCAUUUGUGCCUUUACAAUACAUGAUGGGGUCUAACCUAAAGAUUGAUGUGAAGAAAACCCAGUUUCAUAGAGGAGGUUUAUUUGGAGAACAGGGCCCUGCUUGCAACAGACUACAUUUGAAUGUAGAUUUGGGUUAAGGAGGCAAUUUAUUCGGCGGCAAUAAUCAUCAUUUAAUUACAGCUUAGACAGAAGUGAUACCGCCUCCUCCUUCUUUCUAGCAUUCUUAAUUUAACCCUUAACCUCUGCCUUAAGCAUAGUAGCUUCCUACAGCACCUAUUUAAUAACAGCAGAAAAAACCACCUGCAGAAAAUUUCAUUACUAAGUUAAAUAAUGAUGAAACGAGGGAAUAAUCUAGAUUGAAAUUUUACCUAGAGAAAUUGAAGAAAGAGGGUAAUACGAUUAAUCCUAAUGAAAUAACAAAGCCAAGCUCACUGCAAUAACUACAAAAGAAAGAUAGAUCAUUUGAUGAAAAGGAAGUAAAACCUGUAGAUGAUGGAGUUCCAAAAUACAACUUUGAGAACCUCGAUGCCAAGUAGCAUAUAUAGCCACAAUAAAAAGGUUUUAUAUUCAACCCUCCUUCGUCAUAGUAGAAUUUAGGCUUGGGUUUCGGAGCAGGCGCAAGUGGAAGUCUCUUUGGCGGUGGAGGUCUUUUCGGCUCUUCCUAGAAUAACUCUGUUUAGCCUUCAGUAGGAUUAUUUGGAACAGCAUAAAAUAAAUAAAAUAUCUCAGGAACAAUAUUUAAUCAACAAGUGAACAACCCUCCAUCAUCAUUAUUUGGAGGCAAACCAAAUAAUUAAACUCAGAAUGCUCCUUUCCAGUUUGGUAGUGGACCUUAAACUGGAGUAAGCUUAUUUGGAAAUAUUUAGGUAAAAUAAUAACAAACUCCUCUAUUUGGAGCUUAGCCAUAAUAGAAGCAAGCCCCAUUAAUCAAAUCUCCUUCCUAAUAACAAAAUGCACCUUAGUUACAGGUAAAUACUUUGUCAUUUACCAAACCAAUGGUCUAAAAUUUGGAAAACUCUCCAAAUCAAAAUCCAUUUGGAAAGUUGAAUGCACUCUAACAAAAUCAAACAACAUCAAUUACAAGCGGUUAAAGCCUCUCUAUUUUCGGCAAAGGUAGCACCAAUACUAAUCAAACUGAAAUGGAAAAGGAUACUUAAGAAGAUUCAAGUUCUGCUCAGGAGAGCUUUGGAAAUCCCUUCACAAAAGCUGAUUGA